AAAUGAGGAACAACAACCAAAUAGAGCCUCAAGGAUUUGAUGUAGAUGAAUUAUUUCAAUUUACCAUGGCGAAAAAUUGGAUGGAAGUGCUGAGAAUAUGCAAGAGCCACCCUUCGGAUGCUUGUAAGGCUAAGCUAACUAAAUCAGAAGAGACAGUGCUGCACAUUGCUGUCUCAAGUUACCAUGUACGUGAAAGGGGAGCUAAUGCACUUGCAGAUAUCAUAAGGCAACUAGUAAAAUCACUACCAGUGGGCCAGGCAGUCGAGAUCCUUAAAGCGGAAAACAAGAAAGGAGACACAGCUCUCCAUCUAGCUGCAGCACUUGGCAGUGUCACAAUCUGUGAGUGUAUAGCCACGAAGGAUCGCGAGCUCAUCAUGAUCCGCAAUCAGAAGGGUGAAACACCAAUGUUCUUGGCAGCUCAUCACGGCCAUAUGGAAGCUUUUCGAUGGCUUCAUGAGCUCUACAAUUGGAAUGCAAGAGAACCAGAUUAUUCACUCUGUAGAAGGAAUGAUGGGGAUACCAUUCUGCACUCUGCCAUAUCUGGGGAAUACUUUGCAUUGGCGGACCUGAUAACUAUCAAAUACGACAGGCUUGUCAAUUCUGUCAAUCAGGAAGGCAUUUCUCCUCUCCACAUCCUAGCCAGGAAGCCAAAUGUAUUUGAGAGCAGCAGCAAUCUUCGACUCUGUGAUCGAAUGAUCUAUCGCUGUGUAUAUGUCCCUGAGGUUAAGAGCCAUCAAUCCAGAAGAGGAGACUGGAGAAGCAUAGAGAAGACCGAAGAGCACUAUCCGGAGAACUACCAGACAUGUGUGAACUUCAUUCGUCUACUUUCGACUGCAUUCAGGAUAAUUGCUCCUCUUGGAAAAGGCCAAGAUCAAGGUCAAGGUCAAGGUCCAGGUCUGGUAGAUCAAGGGAAAAAUGGAAGGUCUCUAACAGACACAGCAGAUCCAGAAGAGGGAAAAAUGGAAGGUCAAGCUUCUCGUGGAGAAGAUUCUGAUUCCAGACAACCGGGCAGUACAGAAGACAGAGAAAUUCCAAUAGAGGGAAAUCAAGGAAAAGAGCUCAAUGAUGAGAACACGUUUCCACCUAACUAUGCUACCUGCAUUCAGUUGUUCAAAUUUGCAAUCAACCUUGCACUAAUUAUUUUCGGAAUCGGCAUUUGGAAGAUCAGCAAGAUGAGGGAGAAGAAACAGAGGCACAAUAGGGCUGUUCGGAUGAUGGAUAAAUUGAUUGAGAAAGAAUCACGAUAUAAGUACAGUCACGAUGGGCAAAAUCCCAUAAAUGCUGCAGAACGGAUGUAUGCAGAAAGAAUUGACAUUCCAAAAGCAGCACCAGAAGCACCUGAUACUCCUUCAAGCUCGAAAGACAACAUCCCUGCAAGCAAAUCCAAAGACGAGAAAAACAAAAUUGAGAGUAAACCAGAAGCCAACCCCAAGGACGCUAAGGAGACAUCAAUAUUACUUGCAGCAAAGAUGGGUAUAUCAGAAAUGGUGGAAAAAAUCCUGAAAACCUUUCCAGUGGCCAUUCAAGACUUGGAUGCAAAUGGGAAGAAUGCCCUGCUCUUGACCGUUGAGAACAGGCAAAUCAAGGUAUUUGAUUUAUUAAUGACAAUGAAACUCCCGGAAUUUGUGCUUUAUCAAAUUGACAAUGAAGGAAACAGUGCAAUGCAUCUCGCUGCCAAGUUUCAAGAGCAUAAACCUUGGCGAAUUCCAGGUACCGCAUUGCAGAUGCAGUGGGAACUCAAGUGGUUUAAGCAUGUGAAGACGUCCAUGCCACCACAAUGUUUCAUCCAGUACAACAAGAAAUAUGAGACUGCAAGAGAGAUUUUCACAAAGACGCAUGAGAAACUAGCAAAAGAUGGAAGUGAGUGGAUGCUUAAAACCUCCGAAUCAUGCUCUGUGGUGGCAGCACUCAUUGCAGCGGUGGCAUUUGCUACAGCAUCAUCAAUUCCAGGUGGUGUUAAUCAAGACUCUGGUCAUCCAGUUCUUGAAAGAGAGCCUAUAUUCAGAGUGUUUUCUGUCGCUUCAAUAGUUGCUCUCUGCUUCUCCGUGACCGCUCUGGUGUUUUUUCUUGCUAUCCUUACCUCAAGAUGCGAACAAAGGGAUUUCAAAAGAAGUUUGCCAAGGAAGCUUUUAAUUGGAUUAAGCUCCCUAUUCACCUCAAUAUCUGCAAUAUUGGUAUCGUUCUGUGCAGGAGAUUUCUUCGUUCUCCAAGAUCAAGUGCAUAGGGGAGCAUUUCCCAUCUAUGCUGUAGCAUGUCUACCGAUAACCUUUUUUGCGUUUGCACAGCUACCAUUAUACUUUGAUCUCUUAUGGUCUAUCAUCAGAAAGGUACCCGUCCGUUGCUACAAGUUAUACUACAACUAGUAUGUCCUGGGCUAAUCUCUUCUGGUUUCUUUAGUUUCAAGGACAUAUCAAUUACCCUGUUGGAGCUUGGAUUGUAUUUUUACCCUGAUUGUUUUGGAGCAAUAAGUUUCGUGUGCAACUUUAAAGUUUGAUGUACUUGGAUAAGACGAUCUGUUUUGAGUGUUCAUGGUACUCUGACCUGAGAUGACUGUUGAAAGAUAAAUGUUUGCUUUGUGAAAAGAAUUGAUGCAAUGAUACGAGUGAUUUUACCAAAAUCA